GUUCAUCAACACGUUUUAUAGCCGAAGACCAAGUAAGAUGCUCUUCUCCGUUAAAUUUCCAGAGCCUCAGGUUUCUCAACAAAUAACCAUUCCACCUUCCUCUCUCCCAACUUGGAUCUGCCGAAGCUUCAAAAGCAACGCCCACUUGUAAGCCUAGAAACUAAAAAAUAUUUGUUUAUCGUCACUUUGACCUUUGAUGUAUUGACUUUAGAGUAGAUAUUAUAUUUUGGCUUUGACUUCGUACUUCCUCAACCUAUAUAAGGACUCCAGCGUUUCUUUAUCUCACAGGCUCUCUUGAGCGUUUCAAGGAAGUUUGAAGUACUCACAAAUACGUGUAAAACCCAUAAAGAAUCAAAGGAAAGGAAAGGAUGAGUGGUAGCAGCGGCAGCAGCGGCAGCAGCAGCAGGAUAAUAGAUCAAGAAAGUGGAGCAAGUGCAGCUCAAAGGAAAUUCAAGGGAGCAAGAAGGCGAAAAUGGGGCAAGUGGGUGUCUGAAAUAAGGAUUCCUGGGAAGCAAGAACGACUUUGGUUAGGUUCUUAUUCUACACCCGAGGCAGCUGCGGUGGCUCAUGACAUAGCUUCUUAUUGUUUACGUGGGCCUUCUUCGUUAGAGAGUCUGAAUUUCCCCCUAAUGUUGCCUGCAAGUGUAAGGGAAGACAUGUCACCCAAGUCCAUACAGAAAGCUGCGUCGGAUGCUGGGAUGGCAAUCGAUGCUCAGAUGAUACUGAACAGGUCGCUCCAAAACGAGGUCAAGGAUGGACCUGAGAAAGUUGCGAUUAAUCAUGGGCCAGAGACACAGUUAUGGGAACCUGCAGCAGGUGGUGGUGGUGAUAGUAAUAAUCUUUGCGAGAAUUGGCAUGAAAACAAUAUCGGUACUAGAGUAGGGGACGAUUUAAACAUCUCCAUUGAAGAUUAUCUCUUGUAGUUUAAGCUUUGAGACCAUGUUUUAUGUGAUCUAAUUCAAGUAUGUGUGUAUAUAUGUAUACCCAGUGCGAUAUCAUUAAAAUAGAAAUCGGAAGGUUAUGAGA